AGAAUUGUAGAAAAAAAUGAUACCAUACUUGAAUCAUCGUCACGUGCUCGUAGUGUCCAGCUUAUCUUUUGCUUCACUGUAGAUGCAUUGUUCCACGAAGCGGGAAAGAAAUUCAACAUCAAAAACGAUUCAGGGUGGCGCCGACCGUAUAGAGCUCUGCUCUGCGCUGAGCGAAGGUGGCCUGACGCCAUCGGUGGGACUGUUGCGAGAAAUAAAGCAAUACCUUGCAGCGGAAUACGAUGCACCAUUGCUAAGCGGUCGUCCAACGAUCUUCCCCGUGUACUGCAUGAUACGGUGCCGAAGGGGUAGUGAUUUUUGCUACUCCGCGCAGGAAAUGAACGCCAUGCUGUGGGAUAUGCGGCUGUUGAAACAGAACGGUGCCGAUGGGUUCGUGUUCGGCGCACUGGAUCCAUCAUCAUCCGGCCGCGUGCAUCGACAACACUGCGAACAAGUGGUUGUGGCGGCGGGAGAGCUGCCGCUAACCUUUCACCGUGCCAUUGACUGCACGGAGGAGGGCGCACUGGGCGAGAAUCUAGAACUGAUAGCUGAGCUGGGCUUUUCGACCGUGUUGACGAGUGGAUUGAAACCGACGGCAGAGCAAGGGAUGGAAACGAUCGCUAAAAUGAGGGAAAUAGCAGAUCAGCUCACCGGUAAAUCGCUUCGUGUGAUGCCCGGUUCGGGAGUAUCAACGCAAAAUGCACGGCAAAUACUGCAACGUACCGGAUGCGAUGCAAUACACGGAUCGGCAAGCAUAACGAAACGGGCGGGAGGUCAUCAAACAGGAACCAUAUCGAUAGGUGGAAGCAAUGUCGAUGCUAUGCCAUUGAAGGUGUGCAGUAAAGCAAAGGUGCAAGAGUUGCGCCAAUUGAUCGAUAGCAUAGUGUAAUAAAAUAAAGCAUUACCCUUACCUCUGGACUGGGAGCCGGAGGUAGAUGAUACCAUCCUACGUUUUCUUUCACUUCGGCCUAACGUACGAUCAUGCGUGUUUUUGGAUCGUACAUCCCAUACCGUGGUGUAUUUAUUGUGAACGUUUUUUGCACAUAAUUCACUGCUCAAACGAAGCGGGAUAUAAGAAUCCAGCGGGGACCGGUCACCGCAAUGGUUGGACAGAGGAAGAAGAAUCUUCUCUAUUGCAACCGCGCCAUGCAGGGCACCCUCUCGUCGUGGGUUAUUCCGUGUUCCCCUUCACCGUUCAACUAGAUAUCUGGCGUUUCUGGUCGUUCGGUCGUUCGGUGCGAAUAUAGCUGAAUUUGUUGAUGUGAAUACCAUACAUACUGAUGUUCGCUCUAUCGUACAGUAUUGAACGCUGUGCUUUGUCAUUGUCUUCUAAUGCCACCCCCUAAGUCAUCCUCUCCCCCCAGAGUUGGCUGUAUUACAUUUGUUGCAUAAAGUUGUUGUUUUAUGAGCUUCCUGUUACGUGUGUUCAAGUUUCUCCUAGUGAUCAAACGCGCGAUUCUGCAUUAACUAAGUUUCGUUUACUCGUCGUUUACAACAAUAUCUAUUCAUACCUAUAAUUAUGUAUAUAUAUACUUUCUGUGUUUUUUUUUGUGUUGAUUUUUUGUUUCAUUUUUUCUCAUUGCUCCUACUUGUUUCCUUUAUAUUAAGUUCUACUUUCCUUCCAAUAUACAUAUAGUUUGUUUAUUUCUUAAUAACAUCCCGCUUAAGCUCGGUAGUGGUUAUGAGAAUGUACACCCUUUCCAAACGAAUCCUUCCUUCUCUUUUUACGGCCAAGAUCUCAUGCUGGCCGGGUUUACUACUUUCGGUAAGAAAGCCGGUGGCAACACAUUUACGCGAAGAAAGCGUUUGCUUAUAAUACUUCGAUUUUAAUAAAUGAAAAAAAGAAAGAUCAAAUCCAUAACAUGUUUUCUUCAAGACACACUUAUAUAUAUUUUGUUCUUUUACGACAGACUCACAUGGAUGUUGGCUGCACACGCAUGCACACCUUUACAAAACGAUUAACUUCAUUUAACGCUCCCUGGGAUCGUGAUUUUCCGCGUUCAACACGAUCAUUACACAGAUUUCCAUACCAUUGCUUCGAACGAUCAGCAAAAGCUUCAACCACAUUUUGGUGUUCGCAAAGCAAGAUGCUGGCGGUAAGGAGACGUAUGUAGUGCACCGGAUUGAACCACAGGCCACGACCUGUUAGAUGGUAUUCUUUGUAAUGGAGCAAUAUCAUACAUUACAAUUACUUUUACUUUUUCUACCGAAAAUGUGACUUGGCUGGCGUGAAAGAAAAGCGAAAGAGGCCACACUGAAAGAUGUUGUUACCGUGUGUUGGUUGCCGAAAUCGAGUGUUGUUGAAACAAUCGUGCCGCUACUGCUAUUAGUAUUGAUCUUUUCUAAAGGAAUGUAUUUUAACGAUUUGUUUCAGUAUUUAGCAAACACGCUCGCUGAUGGUUUGGAUAGUCUUGUCCUACGUGCCUUCUUCUAAUAAAGUGUGCCACC